CUAGGAACAAAGCCCAUUGGGACGAGUGGGGUGGCCUCCCCUACACUCGCCCAUAAGAAGCGGAUCGUUUCUGAAGCGAAUCGUUUUUUCCUGCCGCAAUUAACGAUGGAUACGUUUAGAAAACUCGAACAAGAGAACGUCAAGGUGUUUCGGAAUGCCAAGGAAACCGGUCGCAAGCUCGGAGUGGGCUCUUUUGGGUCUGUGGUGGAGUUGAUCAUCAAAGGUGCGGGGAAGUUUGCGGGGAAGAGGAUUCACGAAGCACUGAUUAUUGACGGAGAUUCUUCUAUACUCGUGAAAGAGUGCAAGCUAAUGUCGGAGCUCAUUCACCCAAACGUAACGAAAUUUUGCGGCGUCUGCAAGCUGUCGUCCAGCACUGCACCUGUGCUCGUCAUGGAGCUCAUGGAUCGCAGUUUAGAAGACAUCAUCGAAAACGAUAAAGAAUAUUUUCCCUACACAGUAGCAACAUCAGUUUUCAUCGACGUAGCCAAUGGCUUGGCUUACCUGCACCGUCGCACGCCGCGUGUUCUUCACCGCGAUCUAACGGCCCGAAAUGUUUUGCUCGACAAAAGCAUGACCGCGAAAAUCACAGAUUUCGGAAAUUCAAGGUUCGUUGAUGCAACUAAAGUAGUAAAGACCAUGACACAGACGCCUGGGACACUGGCAUAUAUGCCCCCUGAGGCAAGUAAUCCCCAUCCAAAAUACAGCGACCGCCUGGAUAUAUUCUCUUUUGGCCACCUUGCCCUUUACGCACUCAUACGAGAGUUUCCAAAGGACAUUCUCUCUUCUACGUACACAGCUGAAGAAGGUCAUCUUGCGGCGCGAAGUGAAGUGGAAAGGCGAAGUGAGUACAUGGAAAAGUUAAACAAAGCGUUACCAAAACCAGACCACCAUCUGUACCAGCUAGUGGUGCAGUGCCUUCACAACGACCCCGUACGUAGGCCAGCAUCUACAGAGCUGCUACACUGGCUUCAGGCAGUUCAGGAAGUCGAACUAGACGAUUUUGGAACCGAUGCCGAACUUGGUGUUAGAGAGGAAGAAAGGGUGUCAAAUUCACUAAAGGAAAUGCAAUUAGAUAUCGACAGGCGUCAAGUAGAAACUAUAUAUUAUGAGGAUCCUGCAGUGAAUAGAAAAACGGGUCUUAUUGAAAAAAGAUCUGGGGGGAGAAGAAGGGAGUGGAAAGCAUAUUCGUUUACAUUGAAUUUCACAAAAGGAAUUUUUCAGUAUACUAGACCCGGGCCUUUUGGAAAGACUCCCCAGAUUCGAUUGGAUGAGAUAACCCAGAUCAAGCAGUUAAAAUCUGGAGGUGAUAGAUUCCCAUUUGACGUCUAUUUUGAUGGGAGGAACUCACCAUGGGAACUUAAUGUCUACUCUGAGGAUGAGCGACGACAGUGGAUGGAAGCUCUUUCCACUAAGGGUGAUGGAAGGGAAGACACACAAGGAAGAGUGCAGAAAAGUAAAACAUAUGUUCAUUUGUCACAUAAAGAAGAGAAUGUUUACGACUUUAUUGAUCCACCAACUCCACCUCUAUCUCUUUAUGAGACUCUUCCUCCACUUCCACCCCUACCUCCUGAUGUAGCUUCUCACAGAUUGAGUGGCAGUGAAGAUGUUUAUGAAUGCAUUGAUCUUUCGGUUACCGAUCUUUCAGUUCCUCCCCCACUUCCACCUCUACCCCUAAUUGUGUCACCCUACCUACCUCCACCUCCUCCUCUUAAAGUGGUCCCUCCCCUACUUCAACCCUCCUCCAGAUGCGGCUCCUUCCCCACCUCCACCUCUUAAUGUGUCACCCUCCUUACCUCCACCUCCUCUUAAAGUGGUCCCGCCCCUACUUCCACCUCCUCCAGAUGCGGCUCCUUCCCCACCCUCCACCUCUACCAGCUCCUCUCCUACCUCCUCCUGGUGUGGCUCUUUCCUCAUCUACUUCUUCCCCAUUUCCACCUGCAGAUGUAGCUGAUGUGGCUCCUGCCCUGCCUUACCCUCCUUAUGAUGAAGCCGCUUCCACACUACUUCCUGAUGUGGCUCCUAGCAGAACAAGUGACGAUGAACAUUUUUAUGUAAAGAUAAUUGAAGCCCUGGAAAGAGAAUUUUAAUCCAGUCCAGUUGGAUGCAUUUGCUCAAAAACUAGCCUCGACUCAGGGAAAACAUCUGCAGAACAUUUCAACGACUACAUCAGUUCCACAAGAGGAUACCAAACCGCAAGAAUUACAAGAGAAAAUGCCCACAGCUGGCUCUGAGGCAGAACCAGAAGAAUUGUAUGAAGAAUUUAUUCCACUCGAUCAUCAAGAAGAGGAAGAGUUAGAUGACGUUUAUGAAGACCCAGAUAAACCAAGUACAUACAUUGCCCCUGUUGCCAUGCGUACAGAGCGCAUUGGAUCAUGUGCGGGCUUACAAAUGCUACAGGAAAAAGCUUUUUCAAUACGGUUGUCAUCGCUUUCCCACAUGGAAAAGAUUGGAGAAGGCCAGUACGGAGAAGUAUAUCAGGCUCAGAUGGAUAACACUACUGUUGCAAUAAAGGUAAUCAAGAGGUUCUCCUCACUCAAAGUGAUGAGCCAGUUCGAGAGAGAGAUGACCACCAUGACUCAAGUAUCUCACCACAACCUUGUAAAGUUGCAUGGAAUAAUGAGAGAAGGUCCGUUCUCUCCAGCAUUGGUAAUGGAAUAUCUACCAUAUGGAAACUUGAAAAUGUUUUUAAUGAGAGAGGGACAACCAAAUGAGUUCCUGAUGAAAUGUAUGACAGACGUAGCAAUGGGUAUGCACUAUCUUUCUGAGCGAGGAUUGAUCCAUCGAGAUCUGGCAGCACGAAACGUGUUAGUAGAUGAGAACAAGACAUGCAAGGUCUCUGACUUUGGACUCUUACGAGAGGUUCCGCGGGACAAGAGUAUCUAUGUCUCACAGAACGAUGGCCAAUCUCCACUACGGUGGAUGGCACCCGAGAGUAUUACCGACAACAUCUUCUCACCUGCCACUGAUGUGUGGAGCUAUGGAAUACUGCAGUGGGAAAUGUUUUUCCCUCAUAGAAACCCCUACUAUGACAUGGACAACACGCAAAUGGUUGCAAAAGUAAGCCGUGGCUACCGAAUGGCCAUUCCCAGAGGGUGUCCGCCGCUUGUUGUAAAGAUCAUGAGGGCUUGUUGGGAAUAUGAUCCGAACGAAAGGCCUAAUUUUCUGCUUAUAUCCAACCUUCUCACUCGUCGCGAACAAAUAGCUAAAAAGAUUUAAUCAAUUUAGGUUCUCUUUCAUGAUCACUUUAGAGUGCGUGUGAAUACUGGAUUAUACGUAUCACGCAGUUUUAUGGGCGCGGGCACAAUACAAAGAC